AUAUUUGUUUCCCCACAUGCCAAUCUCUUCGGUUUAUAAGACAAACCAUGUGCGCUAUCUCUGUUCUAUGUUAGCCUCAUCGAGCUGCUUCACUUCGAGUGAUUAGUUAUUUCGCCAUGCAAGAACAGGAACAGUCCAGACGCCCCGACACUACGCGCGACCAGAGACGCGAUGCCCAGCUAAUGCGUCGCCUGGGCUACACUCAGUCUGCCAUCAGUGCCGAGCUGGGCCUGUCACUGGGCCAGGUCCAAUAUGCCCUCUCGCAUACAGAGACGCCAAUCACUCGGCCCGGCAGGCCUAGCAAGCUGACGGAAGCGCAGAUCCAAGAGCUCAAGGCCUUUAUGGCGUCCAAGGACAAUGAGCAGAUGCCCUACGGCAAGAUUGCGCAGGCUCUGGGCUGGGACGUGGGCGAGUACUGCAUCCGCCACACCUUGCGGAAACUGGGCUAUAAGAAACGCACUGCCGGCGGCCGUAGGAAAGUGGGAGCUGUCAAGACGCAGCACAAAGUAUCCGACAUGUCUGCAGAAUCUGCAGAUGAUGCAUCAGCUGCGUCGGAAAAGAACCCUGUCCGCGUCGACGGGGCUGACCUCGGCUCGAUCCGAACAGGGACGGACUCGUGAUCUGAGAUGCUGACGUGGGCAAGCACUUUUCUAUCUCGAGAUCUCCAGACGCCUUUUCCCUCGGCCCGUUUCCCUCUUGGCCCCGCGUUUUUGCUCAGCCCUGAUGUUAGUUGGGUGAGGCGAAUCAUGUUGGAUCGAACCAGAUUGGGCUCGUUUGGGAAGCAAAAUCCGGGAGGUUUAUUUGGGGGCCUGGGCUAGUCGAUCGUGACG